AUGGCGCAAGAACAGAGUCUUGCAAAAGAACUAUUUGAGGAUAUGGGUCGAAAGGUGGCGGAGGCGAGCGCACGAGACGACGAUGUCGUGGAUGGCACUCAGGUUGUGGACGAGAUCAAAGAGACGCUGUGCAUGAACUGUCACUCAGAAGACGCAUCUACGCGACUCCUAUUGACCAAGAUUCCUUUCUUCCGCGAGAUCGUUAUCAUGUCCUCCGAGUGCCCCGAGUGUGGCUGGAAGAACGCUGAAGUGCAGCCAGCGGGCGAGAUCCAGCAGCGAGGGGUGAAGAUAACCCUGAGGAUUGACAGCGCGGAAGACCUGAGCCGACAGAUCGUAAAGAGCGACACUGCAGUAUUUCGUGUAGAGGAUAUUGACCUGGAAAUACCGCCUGGGCGAGGUCAGCUUACAAAUGUGGAGGGUGUAUUGUCCAUGGUCGCGCAAGAUCUCGAGCAGAAGCAGGACGAGAGGAAAGAGGUUAUCCCUGAAGUGUACGAGAAGAUUCAGGGCGUCAUUGAGACUCUGAAGGAGAUGGCCGCCGGCAAGAGGACACCGAUCAAGAUUACAGUCGACGACCCUGCGGGUAACUCGUCUAUCGAACCUUCAAUACAGGACACAGCGGCGAAGUACUUCCGCCACGAAUACCCCAGAAGCCCCGAACAGAACGCAGCGCUCGGAUUGGGCGACUCUUCAGACGCUGCGCCGUCUACUGAGAUACGACCAGAGUACCAUGCAGAUCAGAUGUAUCCGCAGAUGCCGCAGGGACCUAUGGUCAACAACGUUGACGAGGACGACAUUGUAGAAAACCAGGUAUACUCGUUCCCUGCGAGCUGCCCAGGAUGCACAAAACCUUGCACAACGAACAUGAAAAUGGUCAACAUCCCCCACUUCAAGCAGGUCGUGCUCAUGAGCACCGUUUGCGAACACUGUGGAUACCGAAGCAACGAGGUCAAAACGGGAGGUGAAGUUCCAGACAAGGGCCGCCGCAUCACCGUGUCCGUGGAGAACAAAGAAGACUUGUCGCGAGAUAUCCUCAAGGCUGAGUCGUGUGCCAUGUCUUGUCCAGAGCUCCACCUCAGUGUCGAGCCUGGAACACUAGGUGGCCGUUUCACCACUGUUGAAGGUCUCCUCACCCAGGUCCGCGAUGACCUGCGGCGUUCAAUCUUCGAUAUAGGAGACGGUGGUGACUCCAUGGACUCAACUACCAAGACCAAGUGGGAUGACUUCUUUGGCCAGCUAACGUCCGCCAUCAAUGGCGAGGUCAAGUUCACCAUCAUCCUCUCAGACCCGCUCGCAAGCAGUUACGUACAGAGCUUUGCUGCCCCAGAACCCGACGCUCAAAUGAAGGUUGAGGAAUACGAGCGGACAGCGGAAGAGGAGGAGGAUCUCGGCCUCAAAGACAUGAAGACGGAGGGGUAUGAAGACGAACAGCCGGCUACCAACGGUGCGACGACCAACGGUGCAUGA